UUUUGCGAGUUUGAAAAUGAAAUUUUACCUGGGAACUACGGACUCAAGGACCAGACGUUGGCUAUAGAGUGGGUCAUGGAGAAUAUACACAUGUUCGGAGGUGAUCCUCAUAGAGUGACCCUCGCUGGAGAAGGCGCGGGCGCGUCUUAUGUACUCUUCCACCUUAAUGGGUACUUUAGGUACAGGGUGAAAAGAGGCAUAGCUUUGAGCGGUUCUAGGUUCGCGCCUUGGGCGUUGUCCAGGGACAGAUGGGUCAGGAACCGCACAGUCGAGCUCUUCUACGAGCUUGGCUGUUAUAACGUCGACCAAAUGUCUUUAUACCUCAAGUGUAUCGGUUUGGCCGACGUGGCCCAAAUUGACUUCCGUGCAAGACAAAAAGCAAGUAAUUUCUUUCUUAAGAACGCUUUUAACAAUGAUCUUUUACAGAUAUCCUCCUGGUGGAAAAACGCUAAAAGGUCCUACAUACCUGUAAUCGACGGUGAUACUAUAAAAUCCGAUCCUUGGGUGAAUCGUUCCAAAGGGAAAUUUACCCUUCUGAUUGGGCUGAGAAAAGACGAAGGCGAUAUCGGAAGAUACCGUAGUUCAAACCUUCAACUUUGUUUCUCAUAUGACAUCCAUGUUUUUUUUUAGUCUCAGGUAAGUAUGACUGGGGCAAGGACAUGUUUUGGAAGUUCUUUUGCCUCUAUGACAUCUACGUGCCUGGCAAGAGGAGCAAAUGCGACGAUUUUUAUUUAGGGAAAAACCUCGAAAGUCUGUACAGUCCGGAGGUCGAUUCGGUUCAAAGCGUGGCCGAGUUCACAGCCGACGAGUGGUUCUUAUUUCCAGCCAUGGUCGAAACGAAACACCACGGCGGUCCUUUAAUAGGUUUCAUGUACGAUUACAAAAUAUUUCCCUUGUCGACGUGCACCAAGUACAAAGGACCAUUCAUGGACUUAAUCGACGGUUGCCCACCUCUGGACAGGGUGAACCGCGUCUUGGCGGCCAAGCUCGCAAAGCUGAUCGCGACGUUCGUCCACGAAAAACAAAUCGAUCUUCCAACCUACCUCUACGACCGGGACGUUUUCAACAUCACAGAAGCUCUGUACAACCCCGAAGCGUUCGCUGUAAUCGACGAAUCCAUAUCGAGAAGAAUGAAGACAUGGAAAACAUUCUUAUUGUCUGAACAGAUACACCUA